AUGUCGGCCCAGAGCUCAGAUUUUGAGAGCAAGAGAGCCGAGACAGAAGCAAGCGAUCCGACAAGCUUGACUACCAACGGCGAGCACUCUGCAACCGACAGCAUUCGGGAGAAGCAAGAUGACGCCGUAACCUUGCCUGCUAGUGACAGGGCCGGGCCCGAACCUGAAUACGCGACAGGCUUACGUCUUGUCCUCAUUAUGGUCACCAUCUUCAUGAGCACUUUCCUCAUCUCCUUGGAAAUUGGCAUCAUCGCCACCGCAAUUCCAGGUAUCACCGACGACUUCCACCGACUCGACGACGCCGGAUGGUAUGGAAGCGCCACUUUCAUCCUCGCCGGCUCCGCCUCGCCAAUGUGGGGCAAAGCAUACAAGUACCUCAAUGUCAAGUUUGUUUACCUUACCUCUGUGGCGUUGUUCUUGAUUGGGAGCGUUGUGGCCGCAGCGGCUCCGAAUAGCGUUUCCGUGAUCAUCGGUCGAGCCCUUCAAGGCUUUGGAGCCUCUGGUACUCUGAGCGGUUCGGUUCUGGUCAUCAACUACGUCGCCCAGCCUAAGAGACGUCCUGUGCUGAUCGGUAGCUGGAUGGGCGUCUUCAUGACAUCGACUAUCCUGGGGCCCCUGAUCGGCGGGGCCUUCACGAGCGGAGUCUCCUGGCGAUGGUGUUUCUGGAUCAACCUACCGCUCGGAGGCCCCAUCGUCGUCCUGUUGGUGCUCUUCUUGAAGGUACCGAAACAUAUAAAGCCUGUCCCAGCGACGUGGAAAGAGAUCAUCCUACAGCUCGAUCUUCCAGGCUUCGGCUUGUUACUCGCCUCGCUCAUUUGCUUUACCUUGGCCCUGCAGCGGGGUGGGCAGACCAAAGCAUGGAACGAAGGCUCUGUAAUCGCCACCUUGGUCCUUUGGGUUUCCUUGCUUAUCGUCUUCUUCAUCGUCGAAUGGCUCCAGGGCGCACGCGCCAUGAUUCCACUGAGGCUGCUGAAACCGCGUGUGGUAUGGAGCAACGCCCUGUACUGCUACAUCUCCAAUGUCGCUGACUUCCAGGUCAUCUUCUAUCUCCCCAUCUAUUUCCAGUCCAUCCACGGCCAGUCAGCCAUCACAAGCGGCGUCAACAGCCUUCCCUUCUUGGCCUUUUUUGCUCUGGGAGCCAUGGUCAGUGGCGCUGUCAUCGGCAAGACAGGGUUCCUGCAGCCCUACCAGCUAAUCAGCGCACUCUUGAUGGUCGCUGGCACGGCCCUGCUCUACACUAUGGACGUCGACUCCUCCAAAGCUCGAUACAUCGGCCCUCAAGUCCUCUUCGGAUUCGGUCUCGGCCUCGGUAACCAGAUCCCCAUGACGGCUGUGCAGGGUUUCUCGAAGCCCGAAGACGUGGCAAACUCCACUGGUGUCAUGCUCAUGUGCCAAUCCAUCAGUGGCGCCUACUUCAUCGCGGUGGCGCAGUCCCUCUUUGCCAACCGCAUGCUACGGGCGCUCGCGAACACUGCCCCAAAUAUCAACGCUAUUACGGUUAUAAAUACUGGUGCAUCCGAGAUCCAGCAUGUUUUCAAGGGUGGAGAUCUGGCUGCUGUGCGCGGCGCUUAUAUGGUUGGGAUCAAAGACGUCUUUGCGUUUUCGCUGGCUGGCUCGGCGGUCACUGUGCUCAUAUCCCUUGUGAUUCCGUUUAGGAAACUUCCCAGUCAUGAGAGCAAGAAGACGGAGGAAAAGGUUGCGACUGUUUAGGUCCACCGCUGGUUACCGCGGAAAAAACUGAGGAUCUGGCGAUUGAGGAAAGGAGAGGGACGAUAUUGCAGAUACGGGUUUGAAGACUAUAACGCUGCUACAAUGCGAGGCAGAGUAGGAAUGCUGUCUCAGAACCUG